AAGCCGCAGCCGCCGCCGUCCCUUCCUCGUCCCCGCCCGCCGGGUGCCGUCGGAGGUUGACAGGUCGAGGCAGGGAGGCGGCGGCGGCGGCAGAGCCGGGCGCUCGAGACGGAGACCUCAUGGGGAACGCUCCGAGUCACAGCAGUGAAGACGAGGCGGCAGCCGCCGGGGGCGAGGCCUGGAGUCCGCACCAGGACUGGGCCAAGGACUCGGGGACGACCCCCGGUCCGGGCCCCGCGGCCCCGGCGCUACCUCCCGCCGCAGCGCUACUGGAGCCGGCCCGACUGCGAGAGGCGGCGGCUGCGCUGCGGCCCGCGCCGCCCUACGAGUCUCUGGUGUCUAGGCACCACGGCGCGCUGUUGCGCUGGCUGGAAGAGCGGCUGGGCCGCGGCGAAGAGUCCGUCACCCUGGAGCAGUUCGGGGAGCUGCUGGAGGCUCGUGGCGCCGGCUUCUCGGGCGAGCGGUUCGAGGAGGCCUUUGCUCAGUUUGACGCCGAGGGUGAUGGUACCGUUGAUGCUGAGAACAUGUUGGAGGCUCUCAAGAAUUCCAGUGGAGCUAAUCUUCAAGGGGAGCUGAGCCAUAUCAUCAGACAGCUGCAAGCCUGUUCUCUUGUUCCAGGUUUCAUAGACAUAUUUUCAGAGUCCAAGGAGGGCCUGGAUGUUCACUCGUCAAUGAUCCUGCGCUUCCUGCAUCGCAACCGGCUCUCUAGCACCGUCAUCCCCUACCCGAUGUUGGACCACUGCAAUAACAUGAGCACCAUGAGGGCUUCUGUUCUGAAGGACUCUCUGGAUCAACUGGUACAAAAAGAAAAGGAGAGCCCUGGAGAUCUAACUAGAAGUCCAGAGAUGGACAAACUCAAGUCAGUAGCAAAGUGCUACACUUAUAUAGAAACAUCCUCCAACCCUGCAGACAUUGACAAGAUGACAAAUGGAGAAACGUCAUCAUACUGGCAGUCAGAUGGCAGUGCCCGCUCACACUGGAUUCGUUUAAAAAUGAAGCCAGAUGUUGUGCUUAGGCACCUGUCCAUUGCAGUGGCUGCCACUGACCAGAGCUACAUGCCGCAGCAGGUGACUGUAGCUGUGGGGAGGAGUGCCAGCGAUCUUCAGGAAGUCCGCGACGUGCACAUUCCCAGCAAUGUCACUGGCUAUGUGACACUGCUGGAAAAUGCCAACAUCAGUCAGCUCUAUGUCCAGAUUAACAUAAAGCGUUGUCUUAGUGAUGGAUGUGACACUAGAAUUCAUGGUCUGAGGGCUGUUGGCUUUCAGAGAGUCAAGAAGUCUGGGGUCUCAGUCUCAGAUGCUUCUGCAAUAUGGUAUUGGUCUCUGCUGACAUCUCUGGUGACGGCUUCCAUGGAGACAAAUCCCGCCUUUGUCCAAACAGUGCUACGCAACACUCAGAAGGCACUGCAGCACAUGCCUCCACUUUCCCUCUCACCAGGAUCUACAGAUUUCUCAACUUUCCUGUCUCCCAACGUUCUGGAAGAAGUGGACAGCUUCCUCAUAAGGAUAACUAGCUGUUCUUCUACUCCAGAGGUGGAGCUGACUCUUCUGGCUUUUGCACUAGCAAGAGGGAGUGUUGCCAAAGUGCUGAGCUCUCUGUGUACUGUCACUGACCACCUGGACACACACUAUGAUGCCUCAUCCCUCAUCUCAUCCAUGGCAUCAGUCAGGCAGAACCUGCUCCUUAAAUAUGGUAAACCUCUGCAGUUGAUUCUUCAGGCCUGUGAUGUCAAGGGAAAAGAAGAGAAGUCAGGACCUGAAAACCUCCUUGUUGAGCCGUGGACGAGGGACGGUUUUCUUACAGAGACUGGAAAAACCAGAGCAAGUACUAUUUUUUCUACAGGAACUGAAUCUGCCUUUCAAGUUACUCAGAUCAGAAUUAUGGUUCGACGUGGUGGCAUUGGUGCCCAGUGUGGGUUGGUGUUUGCCUAUAAUUCAUCUUCUGAUAAAUUUCAUGCAGAAGAACACUUCAAAAGGUUUGAAAAAUAUGACAAAUGGAAGCUUCAGGAAUUCAGGCAAUUUGUAAAAAGCAGGAUUGGUUGCCCGUCUGAUAACCUUGGCGAGGAUGAUCCUAUUGGCUGGUUUGAGCUGGAGGAAGAGUGGGAUGAAGCAGAUGUCAAGUUGCAACAGUGCAGGGUUGCCAAGUAUUUGAUGGUGAAGUUCCUCUGCACCCGCCAGGAGUCGGCAGAGCGCCUGGGAGUACAAGGCUUGAGCAUCAGUGGGUACCUCCGGCCCGCGAGGGCAGAAGCAGAGCAGAGCAUCGUCCGUACUCACUGCAGAAAGGGCGUGGAGGAGAGCGUCUGUGGGGCCACACUGCUCCUCAGGACCCUUCAGUUCAUCCAGCAGCUCGCCCACGACCUGGUACAGCAGAAGGAAAGUGGCUUAAAAUACAGAUCUUUUCUGGACUUCACGGGUCUUGAUUUGCAGAUCUUCUGGGAUUUUUACAGUAAAUUAAAGCAAAACCCAAGGGAAGAAUGCAUCUGUGCCCAAACCCUGCUUCUGCAGCUCCUCCAGAGCUGUUUCUCCGUGCUGCAAGGAGAUGUGUUGGCCACCUCUGAGGACGCCAAGGCUCCAAGCAUGAGCCGUAGGCGGGUAGAGGCCGCCAAGGAGCUCUACACACACCUGUGUGAUGUGGUGGAUAGGGUGGAUGGAGACUCUGCACCCAUGGAAAUAUUGAAACAAGAAGUCAGGAAUACCCUUCUUAAUGGGGCUGCCGUCUUCUUUCCUGAUCGACAGACCCGGCGGGACCAUCUCUUCACCAUGAUGAAGAAUGUCACUGAGCAGGAACACAAGCAGUCCCUGCAGCUCACUUUCCGCUCACUCUGCACGUAUUUUAGUGAUAAGGAUCCAGGCGGCCUUCUGCUGUUACCUGAGAAAGGCGACCUGGCCGACACGGACAUCAGUGAAGUGCUGGCCGUCAUGAGCACUCUGCUCUCUGUUGCUGCUCGAGAGUGUGAGCUGCUGAUGGUCGAUGGGGCCCAAGGGGAGGUGGGCUCUGUGCUCUUCUCCCUGUUCUGGUCUGUCCAAGGCAGCCUGCUGUCCUGGUGCUACCUGCAGCUGAAGAGCACAGACUCUGGAGCCAAAGAUCUUGCCGCUGACCUUAUUGAAAAAUAUGUGGGACAGUUUCUGGCAUGCAUGAGAGUGAUUUUGGAAUCCCUUUUGUCACAGUAUAGCGGGAAAACUGUAGUAGAAAAAUUAUGUAAUUCGGUGUUUUCAAUGGCAGCUCGUCAACUGGUGAUCUUUCUGCUGGACUUUUGCACGUUAGAUAUUUCACACUGCACGCUCUUGAGAGAGUUCAGUGCCCUGACAGAGCUGUUGAAGGAGCUCUGCAGUGACCCUGAUGGAGGACUGAACAAGCUGGAUGUGGAGACUUGGCAACAGGAACGUCCUGUGGUGUUACAUACGUGGACCAAGGAGUCUGCUCACAACUAUGAAAAUAACUGCCAUGAGGUGUCUGUCUUUGUUAGCCCAGGGGCAACCUAUUUUGAGGUAGAAUUUGAUGAGCGAUGUGAAACUGAGAAAAGGUAUGAUUAUCUGGAAUUUACCGACGCUAGAGGUGGGAAAACACGCUAUGACACAAAAGUCGGCACUGAUAAAUGGCCCAAGAAAGUGACCUUUAAGGCUGGUCCCCGGCUGCAGUUUCUCUUUCACUCUGACAGCAGCAACAAUGAGUGGGGCUACAAAUUCACCGUCACUGCCUAUGGCCUGCCUGAUGUCGCCGUGUCUUGGGGCUUGGAUUUACAGCUCCUUGUUUCCCGGCUGAUGGGACGCCUCGCUUCCCAGUGCAUGGCACUCAAAUCCGUGCAUCAGUUAGGAAGUAACAUGGCAAUACCUCAGGCAAAAAUGGCAUUAGUCCUAAACUCCCCCUUGUGGAAACCUGUGUUCAGGCACCAAAUAUGUCCAGAGUUGGGAUUAGAAGCAAGCUGGCCCACUCACCCACCCCAGGAUAAUAAGGAGGUUAAGAACAUCCCUGAUGAUCCCUGCCACCAAUUUCUUCUUGACUUUGCACAGUCAGAUCCUGCCCAGAACUUCUGUGGGCCAUAUUCAGAACUUUUCAAAGGAUUCAUACAGGCAUGUAGAAAACAGGCCCCAAAGACAGAUAUAGUUGCUGGUUCCACUAUUGAUCAAGCUGUGAACGCCACCUUUGCUGCUCUGGUGUAUCGCACUCCAGAUUUAUAUGAGAAGCUGCAAAAAUAUGUAAACAGUGGGGGCAAGACAGCCCUGAGUGAGGAGUUCGCACAGGUGUAUUCCUUGGCAGAUGGGAUUCGAAUAUGGAUGUUAGAGAUGAAGCAGAAGUCCCUGAUGAGCCUGGGGAAUGAGGCAGAAGAACAACGCGGGCCAGAAGCUGCUGAGGUGAACCCCGAGAGCCUGGCGAAAGAGUGUAUUCAGAAGAGUCUUCUACUACUGAAAUUUUUGCCCAUGGGUGUAAGUUCAAAAGAAGGCUGUGACAAGUUGGUGGCUGUAGAUGACACAGAUCAUCUGCGGCCACUGGACAAGCGCCAGAGGACAAGCUCUGUGGUGGAAGAACAUUUCCAAGCCUCCACAUCUCCCACCAAAGCAGCGCCCCCUGCUGUGGAAGAUAGGAGUCCUGGCUUGGAUGUCCAGCCCACGCUGCCGCCCAGCAGUGGUGCUCCUGCCACGGAAGUGUCCUCUGCCACAGCCGAAGAGCCCUCAUCACCUUCCACUCCCACCCGGCGGCCUCCCUUCACCCGGGGGCGGCUCCGGCUGCUCUCCUUCCGCUCAGUAGAGGAGGCCAGACCGUUGCCCACAGUGAAAGAGAAGUACCCUGUGCUGAAGGAUGCCAUGGACUUCAUUAAAGAUCAGUCACUCUCCCACGAGAGUGUUGUAAAGGUUCUUUCCUUGAGGAAGGCCCAAGCCCGGAGCAUCCUCGAGGUCCUGAGGAUCAUUCAGUGUUGUACAGAGUCCCUUGGGCAGCCUCACUGCUUCCACCCACCUUUCAUACUUUUCCUGUUGGAGCUUCUGACCUGCCAGAAAGAGUUUACCAAUUAUUUUGGACACCUGGAGGGCUGUGGUGCAGAUCUACACAAAGAAAUUCGAGACACUUACUAUCAGUUUGUUCUGUUUUUGGUCAAAGCAGUUAAAGGGUUUAGUAACGUAAACGACAGGUCCUUGCUGCCUGCCUUGUCCUGUGUCCAGACGGCCCUGCUUCAUCUUUUGGAUAUGGGCUGGGAACCCAGUGAUCUCACCUUCUUUGUUGACAUUCAGUUACCAGAUCUCCUCAUGAAAAUGUCACAAGAAAAUAUAAGUGUCCAUGACAGUGUGAUCAGCCAAUGGAGUGAAGAAGAUGAGCUUGCUGAUGCCAAGCAGAAUUCAGAAUGGAUGGAUGAGUGUCAGGAUGGCAUGUUUGAGGCCUGGUAUGAAAAAAUAGCCCAGGAAGAUCCAGAGAAGCAGAGGAAAAUGCACAUGUUUAUUGCUCGCUACUGUGACGUGUUAAACGUGGACAUCUCUUGUGAUGGGUGUGACGAAAUUGCCCCCUGGCAUCGCUACAGGUGUCUGCAGUGCAGCGACAUGGAUCUCUGCAAGACUUGCUUCCUAGGUGGGGUGAAGCCUGAGGGCCACGGAGAUGACCACGAAAUGGUCAACAUGGAGUUUACAUGUGACCACUGCCAGGGUUUGAUCAUAGGCCGGAGGAUGAAUUGCAAUGUGUGCGAUGACUUUGACCUUUGCUAUGGAUGCUAUGCGGCCAAGAAAUAUUCCUAUGGCCACUUGCCUACCCACAGUAUCACUGCCCAUCCGAUGGUGACCAUCCGGAUCAGCGACCGGCAGAGGCUCAUCCAGCCCUACAUCCACAACUACUCCUGGCUGCUCUUCGCCGCCCUGGCUCUCUAUAGUACCCACCUGGCCAGCGCCGAGGACGUGGAUGGUGAAAAGCUGGAUCCCCAGGCCCGCAGCAGUGCUGCCACCCUGCGGAGCCAGUGCAUGCAGCUCGUCGGGGACUGUCUGAUGAAGGCUCACCAGGGAAAAGGUCUUAAAGCUCUAGCUCUUCUUGGUAUAUUGCCAGACGGUGACUCUACUUCAGAAAAGCAGGCCCCACCAGUCGCUGUGCCCACCCAAACAUCAGAGGAGCAGCCAGAGAAAAAAGCCAUCCAGGCUGCUGUGGAGCCAGCCGAUGCAGGCCCAUUUGUGCACCGCAGUGGGAAGAGGGAUGCCCCUAAGGAAGUCAGACCUUUAGACUGCAAGCAGAGGAGCAAGGCAGGGGGAGCUGCAUCGUUACUGAAGGGUCCUUCCUGCCAGACGCAGAUUUCAGACUCACCUGCAGAUGCCUGUGCACCUACAGAACUUCCAGAUGCUGAAAAUGCAGAAGCAUCAUCUCAGAAGCCGAUCGAGGAAAAGGCAGUUACUCCAAGCCCUGAGCAGGUGUUUGCUGAGUGUUCCCAGAAGAGGAUUUUGGGAUUAUUAGCAGCCAUGUUACCUCCCUUAAACUCGGAUCCCACAGUCCCCCUGAUAGACCUGGAGCACGUGCUCCCACUCAUGUUCCAGGUCGUCAUCUCAAAUGCAGGCCACCUGAAUGAAACGUAUCACCUCACCCUGGGUCUUCUCGGCCAGUUAAUCAUCCGCCUUUCACCAGUGGAGGUAGAUGCCGCAGUGACCAAGGUCCUCUCGGCCAAACACAACCUGUUUGCAGCAGGGGACAGUUCCAUUGUGCCAGAUGGCUGGAAGACCACCCACCUGCUCUUUAGCCUGGGAGCUGUGUGUCUGGACAGCCGCGUGGGCUUGGACUGGGCCUGCUCCAUGGCGGAGAUCCUGCGGUCACUCAACAGCGCCCCCCUGUGGCGUGACGUCAUUGCCACCUUCACAGACCACUGCAUCAAGCAGCUGCCCUUCCAGCUGAAGCACACCAACAUCUUCACGCUGCUGGUGCUGGUCGGCUUCCCCCAGGUCCUCUGCGCGGGGACCCGCUGUGUUUAUAUGGAUAAUGCCAACGAACCACAUAAUGUGAUCAUCUUGAAGCACUUUACUGAGAAGAACAGGGCUGUGAUCGUCAACGUCAAAACCCGGAAGAGGAAAACAGUGAAGGACUACCAGCUGGUCCAGAAAGGAGGAGGACCGGAAUGCAGCAACUCUCAGGCCCAGCUGAGCCAAUACUCCCAGCACUUUGCCUUUAUUGCCAGUCACCUUCUGCAAACCAGCAUGGACAGCCAUUGUCCCGAGGCAGUGGAAGCAACUUGGGUCCUGUCCUUGGCCCUCAAAGGAUUAUACAAAACACUGAAGGCUCAUGGUUUUGAAGAGACCCAUGCUACCUUCCUUCAGACUGAUUUGCUGAAGCUGCUGGUGAAAAAGUGCAGCAAAGGGACCGGCUUCAGUAAAACGUGGCUCCUCCGGGACCUGGAAAUAUUGUCCAUCAUGCUGUACUCCUCAAAAAAGGAGAUCAGCACUUUGGCUGAGCAUGGAGAGCUGGAGCUGGAUGAGCGAGGUGACCAGGAGGAAGAGGUGGAACGGUCAGUCAGCAGCCCGGGUGAGCCGGAGCAGAAAAAGCUGGACCCUCUCGAAAGCCUGGAUGAGCCCACCAGGAUAUGUUUCUUGAUGGCUCACGACGCCCUCAAUGCCCCUCUGCACAUUCUCCGGGCCAUAUACGAACUGCAGAUGAAGAGGACCGACUCUUUCUUCCUGGAGGUUCAGAAGAGGUUUGACGGGGAUGAGCUCACCACUGAUGAAAGAAUACGGACCCUGGCUCAGAGGUGGCAGCCCAGCAGGAGUCUGAGACUGGACGAGCAGAGCGCCAAAGCUGUGGAUACAGACAUGAUUAUCUUACCAUGCUUGUCCCGGCCCGCACGCUGUGACCAGGCCACCACGGAGUCAAACCCUGUGACCCAGAAGCUGAUCUCCAGCACGGAGAGUGAACUGCAGCAGAGCUACGCCAAGCAGCGGCGCAGCAAGAGCGCCGCCCUCCUGCACAAAGAGCUCAACUGCAAGAGCAAGAGGGCUGUGCGCGACUACCUCUUCCGCGUGAACGAGGCCACAGCAGUCCUGUACGCCCGCCAUGUGCUCGCAUCCUUGCUCGCUGAGUGGCCAGGGCACGUGCCAGUGAGCGAGGACAUCCUGGAGCUGAGCGGCCCUGCCCACAUGACCUACAUUCUGGAUAUGUUCAUGCAGCUGGAAGAAAAGCACCAGUGGGAGAAGAUACUGCAGAAGGUGCUCCAGGGCUGCCGAGAGAGCAUGCUAGGCACCAUGGCCCUGGCUGCCUGCCAGUUCAUGGAGGAGCCAGGAAUGGAGGUGCAAGUGAGGGAGUCGAAACACCCGUAUAACAACAACACCAACUUUGAGGAUAAAGUUCACAUUCCUGGUGCAAUCUACCUCUCAAUCAAAUUCGAUCCUCAGUGCAAUACAGAGGAGGGCUGUGACGAGCUAGCCAUGUCCAGCAGCAGUGACUUUCAGCAGGAUCGACACAACUUCAGCGGGUCUCAACAGAAAUGGAAAGAUUUUGAGCUUCCAGGAGAUACUCUGUAUUACCGCUUCACCUCUGACAUGAGCAACACCGAGUGGGGCUACAAAUUCACUGUGACAGCUGGGCACCUGGGGCGAUUCCAGACAGGAUUCGAGAUUUUGAAGCAGAUGCUGUCAGAGGAAAGAGUUGUGCCGCACCUCCCGUUGGCCAAAAUUUGGGAAUGGCUGGUGAGCGUGGCCUGUCGCCAGACUGGUCAUCAGCGGCUAAAAGCCAUCCACCUACUCCUGAGGAUCGUGCGAUGCUGCACCCACAGCGACCUCUGUGACCUCAUGCUGUUGAAGCCCCUGUGGCAGCUCUUCACCCAGAUGGAGUAUAGCCUGUUUGAGGACGUGACACAGCCUGGCAUCCUGCUGCCCCUGCAUCGCGCCCUUACCGAGCUCUUCUUUGUCACUGAGAACCGCGCCCAGGAGCUCGGCCUGCUGCAGGAUUACCUGCUGGCCUUAACCACCGACGACCACCUUCUGCGCUGCGCGGCGCAGGUACGCCCUCCCCGGGCGGCCGAAAUUCCCCCGGCACCCGUGCAGACUCCACCCCAGCUUUACACGGAGCUCUGUUCCCAGUCAGCCACUUCCUACUGGUGUCACAGACAGCAACGGAGCCCCAUUUAUCAGUGUCGUUCGUAUUAAACUGUGGGGUCAGUAGACACUAGCAAGAAUUUGUGGCUUUUAAACCAGAACAACCAGUGCCUUAAAUUUAUAGUUUGGCUGAUCCCUGAAGUUUCCAUAGAGGAUUUCAGAUAUUUUUGGAUGUAACUUUCUUCCCUGGUAGGAGAACUCCUCUCUGACAGCUAUUGGGUCUCAGGGCCCCUUUGUGCUUUUAAAUUACUGAGGAUCCCCAAAAGCUUUUGUUUAUGUGCGUUAUAUAUAUUGAUAUAUACUGUUAGAAAUUAAAUUAGAUUUUAAAUUUAGAAAUUAAGUUAGAAAUUAAAUGCUAAACACUUAUCAAUUUGUUUUUUAAAAUAAUCUCAUUCUAUUUAAUACUACAGUUGUGAAAAACAACGGUAUUUUUCAAAACAAAAUAAUUUUUGAGAAGGGUAGAGUUGUGUUCCAUUUUUGCAGAUCUCUUUAAUGUCUUCCUUAACAGAAGACAGCUGGAUUCGCAGAUCUGUUUCUGCUUUCAGUUGUUCUAUUAUCACACAGCAGCCUCUGGAAAACUCCACUGUAUACUCGUGAGAGUAUGAAAGUGAAAAAAGAGAAAUAAUGUCUUGGUAUUAUUAUGAAAGUUGUUUCCACGACACGGAGCCCCUGAAAGGGUCUGGGGAACCCGCAGGCUCCAGACUACAUUUUGAGAACCUUAGGCUCACAGACUCCUUGAACAUCGUAGAGUGUGUGGUCUGCGUCCACAGUGGACAGAUGGGGACACGGAGGCUCAGAGAAGGGAAAGAUUUGCCCGCAGUCUCACUUGAGGGGCAUCCAGCUGGGACUCCCGGCCAGCGCCCUGCACUCUGUUCCUGGCAAGUUUUCUCAGUGAACCUACGGUCCUCCUACAAAAAAGGGUCAGAGUGCCUGCUUAGAAGCGGGCUUCCCCAUCCACUACAGAGGGGUUUGUGUGAAUCGUCCUGACCCCGAAGGCAGAGUGGAAACUCCCUCCCCUCCCGACGGAUGCCUGCCAGCCCUGCCAUCACCACCCGUGGUGUCCCGAGGUUUCACACAGUGAAAUCUUGACAUUUGACCGUUUUGACACCGGAAGCUUUGACACCGCAUCACAUAUUGCUGUGGCUCCUCCCUCACCUGCCGCUGUGUCCGGUCUCCUAAUCCUCAUUCUGACCCUCCCUGCAGCCUGUCCACUUUGCUGGACCAGCGCUCUGCUUCUUCUCCCUGCUUCCGCCUCUUCCUUCCCCAGCCCCUGCCCCGGGCUCCUGCUGCCUUGGCUUGGAGACCAGCCUUGGCCUGGCUCCAGGGCGUCUGUCUUCCCAGCAUUGCUUCCCGGGGGGGGGGCCCCCACUGGCUGUUUGUUUCUUCCCUUCUGCACUUUUGUGCUGCUGUCCCCAUUCCCUAAACAGCUUUCCCAGACCCCCCAGCAGAUGUGCCCUCUGAGCCCCCAGAACUGCACCUGCUCCUCUCUCGGGACAGUGAUGAUUCUGCCUACAUUUGGAGUUUCCAUGUGGACUUUCUUGAUAGCUUUGUCCUUCGCUCUAGACCGUGGUCCCCCUGGUGAGGGGAACAACAUCUGGCUCGCGUCUGCCUCUCCCCUUCCCUCCUCAGGUGCUCAGCUGAGGGUCUUGUUCUGUCAGCAGUUAGUGACCCAGCAGGUGACCGGUUCUUGACGUUGGUGAUGACUCUUUCUCCCUCCACAGGCUCUGCAGAACAUUGCUGCUAUCAGCCUGGCCAUCAACUACCCAAACAAGGCCACCCGCCUCUGGAAUGUUGAGUGUUAGCCCUUGGUAUGGUGUGCAUGGAACUAGCUAAUCUGUCCACAAGGAUCUUAGAGCAGAUGUCUAAACUCAUUCGGGAAGAUUCCUGUGGCGUUGGUGCCUGGCUCUCCUUGAGCUCCCCCUUCCACCCCAACUAGAAUGCCAAGCCGCCAUGUCUCCGAGAACUUCCCGUGUCACAGGCCAGGCACCCGCACGUACCAUAGCAUGUGAGAAUAAGCAGACCAGUGCAAAAUUAUUCAGAAAGGGCAGGCAGCAGGCCCUUGAGAAGGUUGUUCAGAGGCCAGCCUCCUCCAGGGUCUGUCCCUGCAGAAGCCACAGCCCCAAGAAGACCUGGCUGCAGCCGCUCUGGAAAGGAAUCUGUCUCCGUUGAGCUGGAACUGCCUGCACUUGACCUUCAGGGGAAGACAGGGUCUGCCCUGAGCCACCUUUCUCAGCAGGACCUCCAGCAGCAGCCUGGGAGCUCCUCCUUUGCUUUUGCUUCUUGAGACUGGGUCAUCCAAACCAAAACCAGUGAGAGCCCCUCGGGGCUGCCACCUGGUCCCCACCAUUCAGUACGGAACCCACUGCCGCACUGGCCCCCUGCAUAGCCUCGGCCGUCCCGGAGAAAUCCUUGGUGAGAACAAGUGCCCUUGGGAACAGCCAGCAGGCCGCCGUGCACGUCCACCCGUGCCCUGCUCCCAGCACAGCUGCGUUGUUUUAACAUAUUUCGGUUCCCACCUCAUGUUCUUAGAAAGAACCACACCAACUCCCUUGAGAGAAGCUCGGGGGCCUGACCAGUGGAUCGGUCAUUCCGGGGGACAAACUGGUUUGUGUGAAAGUAGCAGAACUUGAAGAAUACUCUUUAGCUUCUGUACCUAAAGAUUUGAAAUGUAAUCACAGGAUAUCUUACCUUAGAAGUAAAAACAAACAAAACCCCAUGAUUGUAUUUCUGCUCCACGGUCGUGGUAGUCCAUCACGUCCACCUCUGGGACUCUCCGUGGUUACUUGGCUGUCACUUGUCUGGCAAUAACUACAUUAGUUCUAAUGAAUGCUGUUUUCCACAUUUUUUUUUAAAUGGUUGUAGUCUUGCUCUGAAGUGCUGAUUACUAUUCUCUUUCCAAAGCCACGCUUUGGAGUGUGAGGCUGGGUUGGCACCUGUGCCAUGGAUAAGCCUCAGUGGGACUCGCCAUUUGAAGAAUGUUUGAGCCAGCUGCCAUUUAAGGGCGGGGGUCUGGGCCCGAGCAUGUCCCCCCACACAGGGCCAAACCCAAGGAAGGCUCAUCAUACCCAGGGCCAAGUUGAGCAGAUCAGCACUGCCAUGGCCUCGGAAGCCCCCUCUGCAGGGCCCAAGACUCCUGGUCCCAGGAGCAUCUCACCACAAGAGCACUUUUGCCUUCUGGGUCAGGAGGCCAAGGUGCAGCGACCUUCUGCAGCCCUAGAAUUGGAUUCUCAGCCCAGCCCCAAGCUGCAUGUGGAGCCAUUAUGGAGGGAAGAAUUCAAAGGAGACAGAAACAAACAGGACAGGUCCUGAAGCUCGGUGACCUGAAGCCCAUCACCCUGGUGUCGGAAAGGCCCGGGCAUGGCCUGGUGUCCCACGGUGUUGAGGUGUGAGGCGCUGCUGGCUUGGUAGAAGCCGCUUUCUCAUCUUUUGUUCUGCCUGCAUCCCCAGAGAAGGGCCUACACUCCGUACCACCCAGACCCGGGUGGGUCUCGCAGUGAGGAGGGAAAUCACAGAGAAGCGCCGUGCUUGGGAGGAGAGGUCCCUACUGCGGGCUCGGGCUCACUGAGGGGCUCCACGGAAGGUCAGCAUGGAGAUGGUGCACUCACUGCUUACCCUCGCCAUGCCCCCCACCUCCCCGAUACCCCUCCGUGCCUCAAACUGACAGCAGCCACCAGCUUUGCUCCCCAUGCUCCCUCCUGGAAGAUAAACUGUAAAUAAACUCUGGACUCCUCAUAGCUUCUCUGUGUACACCACCCUUGCUAUUCUGGUCUCUCUGUGUUCAGUUUGCACAGAAUAAGCCUCGGUUUCCCCUUCACACACAACUGCUGCUCUCUCCUGGGAGGGCCCUGCCUGGCCCAGCUCCCCUGCAUCGCACCCGCCUCUGCUUCCAGCCACUGGGUGGCGCCGCUGAGCCAGGCCCCGCUCCCCUGGUCCCCAGCUGGGCCAACAGCAUCCGAAAGCGCGAUUUCCAUCAAGACCAACAUCCCUCUGAUCCUUCUUAGGCAGGACUGCCUGGAAUGAGAUAAAACUGGCAGGAAUGAAGGUGUUGUGGAAACAUGUGCCUAAUCUAUAAAGAAAUCUGUUCCAAACCAUGUAUAUUGUACAGACAGACGCUGUUCCUAAUGAGGAGUGACUUAUUUUCAUCAUCGUUUUUAAUUUGUUUUCUUACAGGUUUACGAUUUUGAAUUUUUCUUAUUUGGUUGAAGGAAAGAAUUUUGAUUAUAUCAGCUGAGUAAGUUCAGCCUGUAUAAAGGAUGUUAAGUUGUGGGUAAAAUAUGCAAAUGAAGAGAAAUAUAUUGUACAAAUUCUAUAUAAAAAGGUA